AUGGAAGGAAAUAUAAGCACCAACAGUAGAAAAGUCACUUUCUUUUCGGCAUGCAUUGCUCGUGGCUUCCUACUGCUGCUUCUAGUUCGACACAGCACGCAACAGGGCGAUUUCAAUGAUUACAUGAAACGAGAGCAUUCGCUUUUUAAACCGUAUCAAGGAUCGGGCAUGACAAUACCGUACUGGGAUUUCAUAGGCACAACAUUUGUGACGAACUCCUAUGUCCGGCUGACACCAGAUCUGCAAUCAAAAAAUGGAGCUAUUUGGAAUCAUGUGCCUUGCACAUCGAUUAAUUGGGAACUGCAGAUCAACUUCAAGGUGCACGGUAAAGGUAAAGAUCUUUACGGUGACGGAUUUGCGCUUUGGUACGCCCGCGAUCGACUGCAAACGGGCGCAGUAUUCGGCAGCAAGGACAACUUUAUGGGUUUGGCCAUCAUUCUGGAUACGUACAGCAAUCACAAUGGUCCCCAUAAUCAUCAACAUCCGUACAUUAGCGUCAUGGUGAACAAUGGUAGUUUGUCGUACGAUCACGAUCGUGAUGGUACGCACACACAGGUAGCAGGCUGCGAAGCAAAGUUCCGAAACGUGGAAUUCGACACGCAGAUUAGCAUACGGUAUGAAAACGAUGUGUUGACCGUAUUUACCGAUCUGGAGAACAAAGCGACAUGGAAGGAAUGUUUCCGGGUGGAAGGUAUCAAACUGCCCACCGGAUACUUUUUCGGUGCAUCAGCCACGACCGGUGAUCUGUCUGAUAAUCACGAUAUUAUAUCGAUCAAAUUUUACGAACUAGAAGCACCGUCGCUGCUUGCAGAAGAUCGUCGUCAGAUCGUUCCGUCGGCGGCGAGUUUUGAAGCACCGCGCGAACAUAAAGGCGAUCCGAAACCGGGCAUGUCGAAUGUAAAAAUAUUCUUCCUGAUUCUUCUAUCGAUGCUGAUUGUCGUGGUACUAGUAGUGAUCGGAAUUAUGUUUUACCAGAAACAUCAAGAGAACGCUCGCAAGCGAUUCUACUAG